AUGUGCGGUAAACAGCAAAAACAUAAGAACAAACUUGCAAUACAAAAUACAAAAAUUCAUUCUACCGAGAAGUAUCAAAGUGGAAAAAACCGAGUAACUGCAAUGGAAAAGAGAAAAAAUGGUUCGAAGAAGAAACAAGCGGUGUUGCUGAGGAGUCUUGACAAUGUGUUUUUGUUCUGUUUCGUUCUCAACCAAAAAAAGAACAUUAAAAUUAGCGCAUGUUCAGAAUAUUUUUGGGUUAAAGAACCUGCGGAACGAGUUGCUGACUGUCUACGAAGAGCGUUGGCUGAUUUUGACCAGAAGAUGAAGAUGAUCUUUUAA